AUGCAAAUAACAUCACCAAACAACAGAAUAACCUUGCAAGUACUCGAAUUUGGAUUGACAGUGCACAGUCUCCAGAUAAAUCUCAGUAAUGGUGAGACCAUCGACGUUAUCCCAGCGCCAGACGUGGAGGACCACCAGAAGAGUAAAUUCCUGCAUACGAUAAUUGGGAGAUAUACAAACAGACUUCCUGUUGGGAAUCAUCAGAUAGAUUCAUCGACCUCAUUCACUCCACAACUCGUCGAGGGUGAUAGCGUAUCCCUCCACGGCGGUGUAGACGCUUUCGAUAAGAAGUUGUUCGCCCCUAUUAAACUUGAGCAGGCGCAGCUAUACGCUGAAAACGACAGACUCCCCAAUCACUCCAUGGCUUUGUUCAAUUAUGUCUCAUCUUCUGGUGAGAAUGGCUAUCCUGGCACUAUGCUAGUAGAGGCAGCCUUCUUCCUCAGUGACCACAGCCUGAUUCUCACCCACCGCGCCAAGAUGCUCGAUGAGGUUGCAUGUCCGAUCAACCUCACCCAGCACUGGGGAUUCAAUCUCACAGCGGACCAGGUCAAGUCAUCUACCAUCGCCGACCACGAUCUAUACCUGAAUGCGCGCAGCAUCGCCGAAACAGACCCAGCGACCAAACUUGCUACUGGCAAGAGCGUGGCGAUACAAGGCACGCCAUUCGACUUUUCAACGCAGCGCAAGAUCGGUGAUAGGGAGAUCGUGCAAGACCACUACUACCUCUUUGACAGAAAUGCACGCGGCAUAGACAGGACAAUCGCACACUCACUGCAGGAUGUGAAACCGGCAACGGAGAUCGCACAAACUCACCAGCCUCAGCUUACACUCGAAAGUGGAGACGUCGCACUCAGGUUCCACACCAAUCAGUCUGGCGUCAUGUUUUACGCUGGCGGUAAAUUCGAUAAGAGUGCUGCACAUCGCAAGCCGUGCCAUGUCGAUGAUAAGGAUAGAGACGCAGCUUACCCCAGACAUGGCAGCGCGUUUUUCGAAUUUCAUCACCCCCUCGCUACGUUUUUGCACGACGAGUACGCAGCUCACGCGAAUACAUCGACCAUUCUCAACAAGGAUGAAGGGAAUGUGUACCAAAACUGGGCCAAGAUUGAUGUGGUGGUGAAGUGA